AAUGAAAAACUCUUGUACAGGGAGCGAGCUGUUCGAAGCUGUUGUUAGGAACGACGAAGAAGCAGUGGAGAGAAUACUAUCAAAUAAUUCCUGUAGAGUAGAUCCUGUAGUUUUCCUAUGCGCUACCAUAGAACAAAGAAACUUGGUAAUAGUCAGACAGCUUCUGCCCAGCGUUUCGAAUGCCAUUAAGCUCGCUUCAAUUGUCCAUAUAUUGACCGAGCCGAUAUCGAAAUGGACGUUUGACAGAGAAAGGGAAGAUUCAAAUGCAUACAAAGUCACCAUAGAGAUAUUAAAAUCGAUGUCACAUUAUCGAGAUAUAGGCGUAAUACUUGACGAAAAGCAAAGAAAAGAACAACAAUUACUAUUCGGGGAUAAUUACUGGCACGUUGAAUUUGAAAGAAAGAAUAUUAGAAAAAAAUUGGAAGAAAUAGGUCUCAUAGGACUCGCAAUCUCCUAUGGGAAGUACUCUAUUGCAUGUCUUCUCUAUUCAGCCGCUCUAGACGUUGACGCUGGCAGAAAGAUUCAAAAGAAUCCAGAGAUAUAUAAGGAUUUUGUAGAUAAUGAUUGCGAAUUAUACCCGAUUAAUUCCCCCCCGCCUCUCCUAUUACUCACAAGAACUAAAUGCUCCGCGUUUGCCCAACUCAUCACAACUGACCCCGAUUGCGUAACUUAUGUUCAACGGAUACGGAUGCCGCCCUCCUUUGUCAAGUUUCUUCGAGAAUUCUUUGAUGACUUUCAGCCUAAAAUAUCUCUUAACUUUGAAACUGUCUAA